AACACAGGAAAAACACAAGCGCAGAUCAGACACUCGUACAGGAUGUGGGGAGUGCUGCUACUUUAUUUUAUUAGGAGGCAUGCGUUGCAGUUUCAGCCCGUUGCAGAUGCUGUCGUCUCCAAAGCACAUCCAAGCAAUGAAGCUCGCUGUAGUGCUUGCCUGCGUGUGCCUGAUGUCAGCAGCUGCUCGGGGGGAUUCCACCGUGGCCUGCUAUGUGGACGGGUCUGCGCAGGGCCUGUCCCUGCAUCCCUCCGUGUGCACGCAUGUCAUCCUCGCCUCUGCCACUAUCGAUAACGACUCCGCCUUCGCCUUCAGACCUGAUGCCGACGUUAGCUGCACCUCACCGAGCGCACUGAAACGCAGGAACCCUGGUCUGAAGACUCUGCUUGGCCUGGAGGUCAGCCACUCAAGGUUGCAGAUGCUGACCCAAAAACCGGGCAGUCUGGAUAACUUUACUGCCUCCACACUGAAAUACCUGAAGGAGAAGAAUUAUGACGGCCUGGAGCUCAUGUGGGUGGAGAACCCAGUCUCUGAUGAACGUCCCAGGACAACGGAGGCUCUCACGGGUCUUCUCAAGGAACUGAGGGAGCGAAUUAAAGAAGACACUGGUGAGGGGUCGUCGCGUCUUUCUGUAUCUCUUCUGGAUCUCAGGGGUGACAUCACCACCCACAACGACACUGGGACCUGGGCCCAGUAUGCUGAUUUUAUCUCCCUGCUACCAUCCAGCCUUGAAUAUGAAGACUCUCAGAUUGACCGCAUGCUGGUGUUCUUGCAAGGAUUUCAGCUCCAAAAGGUUCUCCUGGCUUUGCCCGCGUUUGGAUGGAAGCUCUCGGAGACCGGGGCGGUCGAGAAGACGGCAGAACAAACCCAAGGACCUGGGCUGCUGAUGGCCAAACAGGUCUGUCAGGCCAUUAAGAGUGGAGAAACGUUCAAGACCUUAACGCAACUCGAGAGUGCCCAAGGCCUCAGAGAAGAGGUGUCAUGGCUGCUACGGAAGGGGAUUGGCGGCGUCGGGGUUGUUGCGCUAGACGCCGGAAACUUCGCUGACUCCCAGUGUCUCAACCUGACCGAAAGUGACAAGACGAUUCUCAAGUCCAAACUGAUUGCUGUGUCUUCUCGUCAUCAUCCCGGCUCCCGGCGUAGACAUCAUCGUCAUCGUCAUCGUCAUCUUCAUCAUCGUCUUCAUCAUCAACUGGAGCUUCAGCAACCUAGACACGAUGACUCGUCAUUGGACAGUAGCAGCUCUGGUCAUUGUCGUCAUAGACACCACCAACAUGGUCCCGGUUACCAUGGUCACUCUCACCACGGUCGUUCUCACAUAGGACAUGGUCACGGUCGUCAUGGACACGGUCGUCAUGGUCACUGCGGUCAUGGUCACCAUGGCUAUGAGGGCCAUGCUCUGAGCUAAUAAAGUAAUCUGGCUACGAUCGUCAACUUAAAAGUGCAGAAAAUUGAAAACAGAGAGAAGGGGGUCCAUGCAGACUGAUGUCAACAGCCACUCUCCUGCCGACUCCGUGUCCAGUAACUUCAGACAUGCUCAUCAAAUAUAUUAUUCCAUUAUUAUGAUUUAAGAUGUGUCUGCUAAGGCAAGUCUUCUAGUGCAUGCAUGAAAAAGGUCUCACUUCUGUUGAGUACAGAAAUAACUUUGUAUUUUGUUUGCUUAAUAAUAAAUCAAUGCUGUGCUAUAAAGUAAA